GACGGCGGAAUGUUGUGAUUGGUUCGCAGUUUCCCUCGGGGCCCAUGUGAUGAGCACGGAGGCGGGUAGGAUGGCGGCGGUCAGAGAGCUGUGGUCCUUGACUAACCGAAGUCUGGCUGUCAGGAGCCGCUGUCAUCUCCCCCUGGGGCUUGGCCUGGUCUCCGACCAUCUCCGCACUUUCUCCAUCUCCGGCGUUUUAAACCAGGCCGAGAAGGAGCAGGAGCUGCAGAAAAAUCCUUUCUAUACCAAGUAUAAGACCAAGAUCCAGGAGCUGCGGAGGACAAAACCAGAUGAAUAUGAGGCUCGUGUGGCAAAGAAAGACGAGGUUAUGAAACAGCCAUUAGGACAUUCAAAACAGGGUGAAUUUAUCAGACUCAUGGAAGAGAAGUCAAAGAAACAGGCUGAAAGAGCCACUGGACAGAGAAUUGGUUUCAGUAAGGACAAGACUCUUCAGUCCAUCCUAAAUCUGGAUAUGAUGAAAGAAAAAACUCCAGAUGAAAUAGGACAGAUUUGGAAUCAGUAUUUUGCUUUAAAGAAUACUAUCUCUGCAGUAAUUCCCGGUACAACAUUUGAUCUGAUGCACAGCAGGUCUCAGAAAUGCCCCACUUUCUUGUACGCUUUGCCAAGACAAGCAGGCUAUGAGUUCUUUGUGGGUCAGUGGUCUGCGACUGAACUUCACUUUUCCUCUUUAAUUAAUAUUCAGUCUUUGGGAGAAAAUUCACCAAGCCAGCUUAUAAUCUAUCAUUACCCCGAUCUGCAGAAGGAGAAGGGCAUUGUACUACUUACUGCAGAAAUAGACACAACGUUUCUGAAUGUACAAGAGGCACAGUGUCUUGCCAAUGAAGCUCAACUCUUCUAUGCCACGGAUUGCGAACAGAUCUUCAAUCUGGUGGAGACAUUUAAUCAUAAACCCAGUGAUUUCAAACACAUGUCAGUCAUUGCUGAGAUUGAGCAGUGUGGAAUUGGAGGAGCUCUGAGAAACCAGAGUGCAGAGACGUAACUUUGAAGAAGAGGAUGAGAUAUAAAUACAUGUGACUUUUGAUAUGGACCCAAAAAGAUUGGCACUGAGAGCCACACAUCAUAUAUUGCUGCUUUUGCUCGCCAGUUUUUGUGGACAACAUUAUCUGGAACUAAAUCUUUCCAGCAUCCAGAGACGUCAUCCCCAUUACCCAAGACUGGCAUCUCCUCAUUGAAAUGUAUGAAGUUCAGAACCUUGAAUGUAGUGAAGUAAUGGUUGAUAUUAAAAUUCCAUAACACUCAUAGCAA